AUGGAUUGGAUGAGGAACUUGAAGAUGACCCUUCAUUAUGAGGGCAAGGAAUAUAUCCUCGAAAAGAUUCUUGUCAAAAUCAAUGAAUCCACCGCUACUCCUGAGGAGAUUGCCUCUUUCAACAAACAUCAUGAUGAUGCCACAAAGGUCGCUUGCAUCAUGGUGGCCACUAUGGAACCUAAGUUAGGCAAGUUCUAUGAGGACUAUUGGUCAUACAAGAUGGCUCUUGACCUUGCUGGAAUGUUCCACAAGAAGGCGAGGCAAAAUCGGUUCGAAGUGGUCAAAUCUUUCAUGAUGUGCAAGCUCAAGGAAGGAGAAACUGUUUUCCCUCAUGUACAAAAGAUACAAAGGUACAUGGAAAAACUCCAUAAGCUCAAUGUGUCGUUUGAUGAUGAGUUUUCCAUUGAUAUGGUUCUUAACUCAUUACCUCCUAGUUAUGAUCAGUUCGUUUUGACCUAUCAUUUGAACAAUAAGGAGACGACAUUGAUUGAGCUUCAUAAUUUGUUGCAAACUACUGAACCAGGGAUGAAAAAAAAUUAUGUCUCUACUACAUCAAAUGCUCAUGUCCUUGUUAUUGGAUCUGGAAAAGGGAAGAAAAAUAAGUCUCCUUCUCAAUCCGGUAGGAAAGGAAGGUCAUGCUGGAGGGGCUAG